AAUCUAGACCAUUGAUUGGGUCCAGAGAAAACACAAUUAUCUCUGCUCAAUACUGUCGGAUUUUGGGCGUAACUAAACAAGAGAGUAGUUUACGAUCGUCGAUUCUACUUGAUCACUAACAACCCUUUCAACUCCUUUUAUUUACGCAUCACGGCAUCAGCCUCAUCUAUUUCAAACUUUUUAUUCGCUCCCUAGAUUUUAGAGAGAGAGAGAGAGAGCAAUUGCAUCUGUUACAAAUGGCCCGUACCAAGCAAACUGCUCGUAAGUCCACUGGAGGAAAGGCUCCCAGGAAGCAACUCGCUACUAAGGCUGCCCGUAAGUCUGCACCAACCACUGGUGGAGUCAAGAAGCCUCACCGUUACCGCCCUGGCACUGUUGCUCUCCGUGAAAUUCGGAAGUACCAAAAGAGUACUGAGCUCUUGAUCAGGAAGCUGCCUUUUCAAAGGCUUGUUCGUGAAAUUGCCCAGGACUUCAAGACUGAUCUUCGAUUCCAGAGCCAUGCUGUUUUGGCACUUCAGGAGGCUGCUGAGGCUUAUCUCGUGGGUCUGUUUGAGGACACAAACUUGUGUGCCAUCCAUGCCAAACGUGUGACCAUCAUGCCAAAAGAUAUCCAACUGGCUCGCAGGAUCAGGGGUGAGCGUGCUUAGGCAUGCUUGUGUUGCUUUUGCUCAUAUGGUGGCGAAGUUGGUCUCUUUGUUAUCUGUUAAGCAAAUAUAGAGGUAGAUAGUGUUGGCUUGUGUUCCAUAAUGGGAUUGUUUGGUUUAUGGUAUGAAGGAAUUAUUAAAUGUUGCUGUGGUUAUUUUGCUGUCAAGUCAUUUAGGUUUCUUGGUCACACCACUGGUGUUUGAACAAUAUUCUGUAUUUGCAUUCCAAGUAGUGAAUUUGUUUUCUAGUGCA